AUGGCGGCUGAUGACAUAUCCACUCAACCCGCUCCUCUAGUCCUCGUAAACGGGAAUCCAUCCGUUCUCAACGAUGAGAGGACGCCGCUGUUGGGCAAUCAAAAUGGGAACGGCACCUCAGCCGAGGAAUCCCCGCUGGCGAACAACGACGAUGAGCAGACUCUGAUUGUCGAUGAAGUGAAAGGGUUUAAACUAUGGCUCAUCCUCUUCACCUGUUGGAUAGGCGUGUUUCUUGGCGCCAUCGAUUCUACUAUCAUCGCCACUCUCUCAGCACCCAUCUCUAGCGAGUUCCGAUCUUUAAGUCUAUUGUCUUGGCUCGCGACCGCUUACUUCAUAUCCAAUGCCGCUUGCCAGUCCAUUUCCGGGAGGCUAACGGAUAUCUUCGGGCGAGGCCCUGGUCUCGUGUUCAGCAACGUCUUCUUUGCUGCCGGUAACCUUAUCUGCGGUCUUGCGCAUAAUCAAAAUGCUAUGAUCUUUGGACGAGUUGUUGCUGGCAUUGGUGGCGGCGGCCUCAUGUCCAUAUCUACUUUUGUCGGUACCGAUCUCAUCCCUCUACGGAACCGGGGAGUUAUCCAGGGCAUGGGUAAUAUUUGUUACGGAGCCGGUGCCAUGUUAGGCGGUAUCUUCGGUGGCCUAGUCAAUGACAACUCUGCCUGGGGCUGGCGUCUUGCUUUCUUGGUCCAGGUCCCUCUAGUCGUAGUUUCAGCUUUUCUGGUCGCCUAUCUUGUUCGCAUACCACCCAAAGUAUCGGGGAAGUCAUACUUAGCCCGCAUCGACUUCACAGGCGUCUUUUCGCUCAUUACGUUUCUAGUCCUGUUAUUACUUGGCUUGAAUGCCGGUGGAAACUUGGUUCCAUGGAUUCAUCCCUUGCCACUAACUACUUUACCUCUUUCGCUGGUAGCUUUCGCCGCCUUUAUCUUAUGGGAAUCCCGUGCUCAACAACCGAUUAUCCCAGUACGCCUUCUCUUAGACCGGACUGUUUUCACAGCCUGCAUGACCAACCUUCUAGGCACGAUGAUAAAUAUGAUGGCUCUCUUCUAUGUUCCUCUUUACAUGCAGUCUCGCGGAAGCUCCUCGACGGAUUCUGGGGUGGUUAUCCUUUUUGCACCUAUCGGAUUAUCUAUCUGCUCUAUUGGGAGUGGUUUAGUCAUGAAGAAAACCGGUCGAUAUGGUACUAAGUUCUUGGUAGCUUUGGAUUCAACAUGCUAUGCAUUAUUCCUCCAAAUCAAUACAUUUAUACUGGCCUUAGGUAUCACCGCCGUAUCACUUCAGGUCGCCUCUGUUGUUAUACUCACGACGCUGCAUAAGGACUCUCCAGAGUGGCAUCUAAUGGUUGCUUUCCUACUUCUUGGUUCUGGCCAGGGGGGCAUGCUCACUAUCACUCUCCUAGCUUGUUUAGCUGCAGUAGACCACUCACACCAAGCCGUAGUUACUUCUGCUACUUACGCGUUUCGAUCUGUCGGAGGGACAGUCGGCAUUACGAUUGCAUCAGCCAUUUAUCAAAAUGUGCUGAAGUCCGAACUCUGGGGGCGGUUCGGCGAUUUCCCCGGGGCUGCCGAAGAAAUUAGUAGAAUCAGAGAUGAUUUAGACGAGUUGAAGCACCUCCCUAACGGCUGGUAUGAUGGCGUACUGGCGUCGUUCAUGGAGGCCUUUAGAAGCGUGUGGCUUACAAUGCUAGUACUGGUCCUUCUAGAGCUUGUUUGCGUCUCAUUAAUGAGGCAGCAUAAGUUACACUCAACUCUAUCUCGUAAUGAAAGGGAAUAGACGAUUGUGCAUGGCCGAUUACUCUUUUGCGGACAUCUUUUUCGGAUAAUCAACAAUAAUGACCGGUCUCGAUAGUCAUUUAUUGUGCCUAACUAGAGUUGAAAACGACUUAAGACAGAUAGACCAUCGAAAGUAAAGAGCUAAAAUCUAUUAAUGGAGACCGCCAGGGUUCAUCUCAAGACGACCUUAUGUUCACUAUACCGUAACAUCUAUCCUCAAACACCAUUAGAACUAUGAGAUCUAAAAUAUAUGGGGCACGAUAGCAAGCUUUCUGAUCGUCAACAGAAUGAUAUUCACUUUACCUUGCUGGCUGUAAUGGGUAACCCCUUUUCCCACUCGUCUCGAUCACUCGUCACAUACAUCAGGCAACCACCUCCUAGUACUGAAAAGGUGUUUGAAUCUCCCGUAGCACAACCUCGUUUUUAGGUCGUAUCGUAAAUUACAUGGGCAAGUUCGACAGGAACGUGGAGAGCACUGCGAAGUACGCGUUAAGACUGACGAGCAUAGGCACCGUGCGAGGUUCGAAGGCGAGUAUGACAAGCGCGAAGACGGCCGAGAAGACGGCGACGACGGUCAAGUACUCCGCGCGCGACCAAUCGGUCUCCAGGAACAAGAGCGCGAUGGGGAAGAGCGAGAGCAACAGGCUGCCGACUGCGAGGAAAAUCUUCAGAAAGAACCGGAAGGGCCGCAAGCUGUAAGUUAUGUGCGGUCCGCCAGGGGGGAUGGAGGAGGGGGGAGUAGAGCGGCU